CCUGGCACACACAACACACUCCCUACUUGCAGUAAGGGGCAGAGGCAGCGGCAACAUCGAUUCCGAUCUCUCUGCCCCCACCUCAGUCCUAGUCUCUCCGCCCCAUCCUCGUAACUAGUCCAAGUUGUCGUCUGAUGGGAGAGAGAAUUCCUCCUGGGAGUUACUUCCGGUAUCCACCUCCCGGCGUCCCUGCAUCUCCACACCGGUCUCCGCUCCCUUCCGUAGAUCGAGAAAGAUAUUUGGCUGAACUACUGGCAGAGAAGCAAAAGUUGGGGCCAUUUGUGCAGGUUUUGCCACUAUGUAGCAGACUUCUAAGUCAUGAAAUCCGAAGGGUGUCGGGCUUCAAUCAAUCUCUUGCAGAUCAUGAAUUACUUGAGCGUGAAAGUCCGUAUAGGUCAUUAGGUCAACACACAAAUGGUAGACCAAUGGAUUUGGAGGGAUGGUCAGGAAUGCAAAUGGAGGAAAAUGGACAUAUCCAACGAAUGGUCCCAUUUCAAUCUCCUUCGAUGGUUUGGCCUGGGGUGCAAGGAAUUCCAACCACUCCUAUUGUAAAGAGAGUUAUUAGACUUGAUGUUCCGGUGGACAAAUAUCCACAUUACAAUUUUGUAGGCCGAAUUUUGGGACCACGUGGGAACUCCCUAAAAAGAGUUGAAGCCAUGACAGAAUGUAGGGUGUAUAUUCGAGGAAAGGGAUCUGUGAAGGAUUCGGUAAAGGAAGAAAAAUUAAAAGAAAAGCCUGGAUACGAACAUCUUAAUGAGCCAUUACAUGUGUUGGUGGAGGCUGAAUUUCCUGAAGAUAUAAUCAAUGCUCGCUUGGACUAUGCAGUGGCUAUGCUAGAGAACCUUCUCAAGCCAGUGGAUGAGUCUUUUGAUCACUAUAAGAAGCAACAGCUGAGAGAAUUGGCCAUGCUUAAUGGUACAUUGAGGGAAGAGAGCCCAAGUAUGAGCCCGAGUCUAAGCCCAAGCAUGUCACCCUUCAACAGUACAGGAAUGAAACGUGCCAAGACAGGAAAAUAACUCGUGCAUGUGCUGAUGAUGAACGUGUUUAAUCACUGAAACCAUAGCAUGUGACUCAUUGAGAAUCGUACAGCAUCUUCAUAUGUUGACUGUAUUAAGAAGCUGAUGGUUGAAGCGCUUAUGGACUCUUUGAAGUUUGAAGUCUCAGACGGGUCAUCUAUCUGGUCCAUAAGUUCUGUAUGAUAUUCUUUCAUCCCUUGGAAUCUGGAACACUAAUUUCUUUAGCCAUUGCAGCAUAUAAUCCCUAACUUAUAGGCACUCAUUUAGUAGUUUAUGAUUGUGAUUCUGCACAAACGUUUGUGUUUGAUGCAUAUAUUCUUAUAUGCCUGCAAUUAUUUCAAAAUAAUGAAAAUAUUAUUGAAGUUUCAAACA